UUAUGACUACCUCCAAAGAGAAACAGGGAUGGAGCAGUCCUGCCUCCAACACGCUUGUCUCAAACCCUAACUUCCGGUUCUCUAGCCGGUUCCGGUCCCCGCCUUUCACUUCCGGUUGCUUUCGGUUCCGCUGCUCCCGGUGCCAGCAUCCGCUGCCGCCGUUUCCGCCGCGCUGCAGGUACCAUUUCCUGAAGGAAAGCUAUCUCAUAUGUUUCAAGGAUGGCUCUCCCUAUCAUUGUAAAAUGGGGAGGACAGGAAUAUUCAGUGACCUCACUUUCUGAAGAUGACACUGUGCUAGAUCUCAAACAGUUUCUCAAGACCCUUACUGGAGUGUUGCCAGAGCGCCAAAAAUUACUUGGGCUCAAAGUUAAAGGCAAACCUGCAGAAAAUGAUGUUAAGCUUGGAGCUCUCAAACUGAAACCAAAUACUAAAAUCAUGAUGAUGGGAACUCGUGAGGAGAGCUUGGAAGAUGUCCUAGGUCCACCUCCUGACAAUGAUGAUGUUGUCAAUGACUUUGAUAUUGAAGAUGAAGUAGUUGAAGUAGAAAAUAGGGAAGAAAACCUACUGAAAAUUUCUCGCAGAGUGAAAGAUUACAAAGUGGAAAUUUUGAAUCCUCCUAGGGAAGGAAAAAAGCUUUUGGUGCUCGAUGUUGAUUAUACAUUAUUUGACCAUAGGUCUUGUGCAGAGACGGGAGUAGAAUUAAUGCGGCCAUAUCUUCAUGAGUUCCUAACAUCUGCAUAUGAGGAUUAUGACAUUGUUAUAUGGUCUGCAACAAAUAUGAAGUGGAUUGAAGCAAAAAUGAAAGAGCUGGGAGUGAGCACAAAUGCAAAUUAUAAGAUUACCUUCAUGUUGGAUAGUGCUGCUAUGAUAACAGUGCAUACUCCAAGGAGAGGGUUAAUAGAUGUAAAGCCUCUUGGUGUUAUAUGGGGAAAGUUUUCGGAGUUUUACAGCAAAAAAAACACCAUUAUGUUUGAUGACAUAGGAAGAAAUUUUCUAAUGAACCCACAGAAUGGACUAAAGAUAAGGCCUUUUAUGAAAGCACACCUAAAUCGAGAUAAAGACAAAGAACUUUUAAAAUUAACUCAGUACCUCAAGGAAAUAGCAAAGUUAGAUGACUUUUUGGACCUAAAUCACAAAUAUUGGGAAAGGUAUCUCUCAAAGAAGCAAGGGCAGUAGUUACAAGUUAAACUGGCAGAUAUUGAAGAUACUUGAGAUUCAAGAACUUCUUGCUUUUAUGCUAGAAAUUAUUAUGAUAGUGCUGGACACUGCAGCAAAUACCAGACUGCUUAUACUUGGUCUUCCAGUUUUUUGUAAAUUUAAUUUUAUAUUUUUUGAAGAUCACAGCAAUACGCUAAAAAAAUAAAUCCUUUUUCUUCCCUGUAUGAAUAUAUGGUUACUUUUGAAAAAUAUUUUUUCCAUUAUUGAGUACUGAGUUUUUUUCCCCAAAACCAUUAAAAAAAGUGGACAAGUGUAUACUCAGCAGUGUUAUUUUGUGACUUUGGAAACAAGUUAUGUCUUGUGUUUGUCUCACUAUGUUGUUGUCUUACUAAGCGCAAACCAUUCUGAAACUACUGCUUUUCCCUGUAAAACCAAAAAAAAGCAGGGGGGUAGGAUUUUGAGUAAGGACCCUAGUUUGGUAUGCUUAAAAUCAGUUUUUUUAAUUCCUUUGUCAUAGACACAAUUUCUGUUCUUACUCCACUAUUUACAUCUUUAAAUUUGGAGCCAUCUCAGUUUGGUCUGUAUGUGUGUUAGUGUUCUUUGAAUAAAACUGGAAAAUGUCAACUGUGAACAGCUGCACCAGAGUGUGAGAAACAGAAGACAUAAGACUGAAGACGACUGGAGACAAGGGUGCGCUUCUUGUUGGCAGCUGAGCAGGACUUCUAACCAUUGUCGUAAAAGCAGAGGCAAUACAUUUUAAGAUGGGACAUAGCCCUGGUUCAGCCCUAAAAAGCAUGAACAAAAAGUUUUUUGUUCCAGCCAUAUCUUGUCUAAGUGCAAGCACUGUGUUUCAGUGAAAAUAUCUAGCCAUAAGAUUAAAAAAAAAAUUAUUUGCAAUGCUUAUGACUACAGAUAUGUAAUGUGACCACUGUUUCGUGUUAAUACAGAUCUUGUAUUUGAAAGGAAUCUUAUCCUUUCAAAUAAACAUGGUGUAUAUUGUUCUUACGGGACUAUUUCAGUGGUGUAAAUAAAAAGUACCUUUUCUUAAAA